AUGGAAAAUUUUACACCGAAUUUUCAUCAAAUUUUAUCGGAUAACAAAGUCAUGGAUGAAGGGUUCCCACCUACCACUUCGACUAUCAUUGGAUCUUUAAGAAAUGAAAUGGCAGUAGUUCCUGAUAAUUCCAUCAUGACAAGCGGUAGCAAUAGUUCAGCAUCAGCAAUAAAUUCUACUGCCACUACCGCAACAAGUAAUAUGACAGAGUUUACAAAAAGAAAGAAUUGGUCACAAAAAAUUAUUGAGGAAUUAAAAGAUUUCUUGCAUGUUAUUUCACCAACAGGAAAACUAAUGUAUUGUUCACCCUCAUCAACUGAAUUGGUAGGAUAUUCACCUGAAGAAUUGGUAAACCAUUCAAUUACAGAAUUUAUUCAUGUUGACGAUAUAGAUAUGUUUGUAAGGGAUUUCCAAAUUGCCAUACAAAACAGAACAAGCUUUACAAUUUAUUACAGAUUUCGUAAGAAAGAUGAAAAAUAUAUUACCCUUGAGGUUAAAGGGCAUCCUUAUUUUGGUGAAAAUGAUAUUACUGGCCAAUGUAAAUGUUUUUUUAGUAUGGGUAGACCAUAUCCAUCUAAAACCACAGCAAUGAUAGAUUCAUUUUUGGAAUUAAAAGUGGAAAAUGAAAAUUUACGUCGUCAAUUAAGAGAAUUAAUUGAAGAGAAGUCAGUGGCAGAUGAUAUUCUUGUAAGCACAAAUAAUUCGUUAGAAUUAUUAACUGGGUUAAGGUACCAGGAGGGUGAGCGUGCUAUGGGAAUUUCUAAUGGCUCAAAUAAUCCACGUUUACUAAAUGAAGAUUUAAUGGAAUCAGAUACUUUAGCCACCUCUUUAUCUGCUAGAAACGACCAAACUUCUAAAACUCCGGAAGUUACUACUACGAAUCAAGCUUCUUCAAGACCAAGAAAAAAGAAAAAGCAAAAGGUCGAAGAAGAAGAGUAUGUGUGUACAGACUGUGGGACAGUUGAAUCACCUGAAUGGAGAAAAGGUCCAUUGGGCCCAAAAACUUUAUGCAAUGCCUGUGGAUUAAGAUGGGCUAAAAAGACCAAAAAACAGGCAAGUGGAGUUGGCAUUAAAUACAAAGAUGCUUAUCAAGAUGGGAGAUUCAGAUUUCCUCCUCCAAAACCUCGUAAUAAAACAGCUAGAUACCGAGGAAUGCUAAAGGAAAUAGCCAUUAGAGUUUUUCGCACAGCCCAUGAACUUUCCAUGAGAACGGUUGCAAUUUUUAGUCAUGAAGAUAGAUUAUCAAUGCAUCGAUAUAAAGCCGAUGAAGCAUACCAGAUCGGUGAUCCGAAUGUUUAUUCAGCAGUUGGUGCAUAUCUUGCUCAAGAUGAAAUAAUUAAAAUAGCUAAACUUCGUAAUGUCUCAAUGAUUCAUCCUGGUUAUGGAUUUUUAGCUGAAAAUGCUAGUUUUGCUAAGAAAGUUGAAGAGGCUGGAAUAGCUUUUGUUGGACCUACACCUGAUGUUAUUGGAAAAAUGGGUGAUAAAACAAAAGCAAGAGAUUUAGCUAUACAGUGUGGUGUUCCAGUUGUCCCUGGUACCCCAGGACCGAUUUCUACAGUUGAAGAAGCAGAAAAAUUUAUAGCUGAAUAUGGAUUUCCAAUCAUUGUUAAAGCAGCAAUGGGUGGCGGAGGUCGUGGUAUGAGAGUUGUAAAUAGCAGUGAGACAUUGAUAGAAUCGUUUGAAAGAGCUAAAUCAGAAGCUUUGGCUGCUUUUGGUGAUGGGACAGUGUUUUUGGAAAGAUUCUUGGAUAAACCAAGACACAUUGAAGUUCAAAUACUAGCUGAUUCUGCUGGUAAUGUUGUACAUUUGUUUGAACGGGAUUGUUCGGUCCAAAGACGUCAUCAGAAAGUAGUCGAAGUUGCUCCUGCAUUGAAUUUAGAUGUAA